AUGCCUAUUCCAGUCCUCCUCCUUCUAUCAGUCUUACCCCUAAGCACAGCGCAAUGCCCAAAUCCUACAGAGACUCUCGCCGUGGAAUGGCCCGACAGUCUAUACCGCAACCUCGAGAUCCUCGUCUCAGAGAUCGAUUCCUCCUCCGACAUCACCACUUACGAGGCUGUCUCCUGUCCUGGUAAUCCAGGAAUGACACUCGCAUUUGGCCCCAGAACAUUCUCUCUGCAGCGCGCGGGGAGUAAUCAAGCUGGACAUAGUCUCAUCGAUGAGUGCCAGCCUCUUGGCUCCGGCAUGACAUGCACGCACCUAGAGGAGGGCGGCAUGGAGAACACUAUUACUACGACAUACGGAAGCGAUGAGAUAUAUACGGUGUCGAUUGCCGUUGUCAGCUCUGGGGAUAGCAACACGGCCCCCCCGACGCUGACUGCGCCGCCGUAUGUCGGGUGCCCCGAUACAUGGCAGCAGUGCGGAGAUGAGCCUUGGUGCUGUCCCACGACUGCGACUAUCUGCACCACCGCGCCAAAUUCGCAUGAGGCAUGUGCGAGCGUUGCUAAUGAGGAGUUCCCUGGCCCGGCUCUACCAUAUAUUGCCUCGACAAUGACGGCGGGGCCUGUCGGUGAUGGUGGUGGCUCCGAGGAUGGAGCUGGCCUCUUUGCUGCCCAGCCCACGGGCCUCUUGCUCGGUGGGCUUGCUGGGUUGGGCUUUGCAUUAUUCUGA